CCCUGCCUUUCUGUUUACUUUUCUUCCUCAUCCUUCUUCUUCUUCUUCUUUUGUUUUUUCCUCUCUCUUUUCGUAUACAAGAAUCUGAUUCUAUCACAGCAACUUAGCCUUUUCUUUAUGAUUACGUUCCCACAUAUUCUGAUUAUUUUAAUUCCUAUAUAUUGAUUAUGCUUUUCUUGUUUCAAUUAAUAUAAUAAAUUCCCACAACCUCUCUGCAUGUUCCAGCGGCGUGUUUUUGUCAGCUAAUGCACAUCUUCACGAGGAGUCGACAUUCUAGUACGCAGAGCAACAACCAACAAAUGGGCAGAGCUACAAGAUGGCUAAAGAGCCUGUUUGGGAUAAAGAACAACAGCAAUAAGGACAUUUGUGAUCGGAGAGAUAAGAAGCGUUGUAGUUCGGCUAGGGACUCAACAGGGCUAUGUCACAAUCCGGCUACUAUACCACCCAAUAUUUCCCCAGCAGAAGCUGCUUGGCUAAGGUCAUAUUACAAUGACACUGAGAAGGAACAGAACAAGCACGCUAUAGUGGUGGCAGCAGCCACAGCUGCUGCAGCUGAUGCGGCAGUUGCUGCAGCCCAGGCAGCGGUGGCGGUGGUGAGGCUAACUAGCCAUGGCAGAGGUACCAUGUUUGGUGGUGGACGGGAGAGGUGGGCUGCUGUCAAGAUUCAAACUGUUUUCAGGGGUUAUUUGGCCAGAAAGGCAUUGCGAGCAUUAAAAGGAUUGGUGAAGUUACAAGCCCGUGUUAGAGGAUACCUGGUAAGAAAACAAGCAACUGCAACACUUCAAAGUAUGGAGGCUCUUAUUAGAGCACAGGCCACCAUCCGUUCCCACAGAGCCAGAAAUCUCACAAGAACUGAUAACCGAUUCGAGAUUCGAGCUCGAAAAUCCUUGGAGACAUUUGACGAAACAAGGAGUGAACACACAGCUUCAAUCCACAGUAGAAGGCUUUCAACAUCACUAGACACCACGUUAAUAAGCCCCAUUAAUGAAAGUCCAAAGAUAGUGGAGGUUGAUACAGGGUGCAGGCCAAAAUCAAGAUCUCGCAGAACUAACACCUCAGUUUCUGAUUUCGGCGAUGACCCAUUUUACCAAAUCCUCUCCUCUCCACUUCCAUCAGGAAUUCCACCACUUUUAUCGAUGCUUCAUGCCCGAAACUAUCAAGAUUCAUACUGGGGCUUAACGGGUGAUGAAUGUAGGUUCUCUACUGCACAAAGCACUCCUCGGUUUCUCAAUUCAGGAGGAUCUAAUGCUUCUAUUACACCUGCUAAGACUAUGUGUGCGGAUAAUCUCCUUAGACAAUAUGGGAAUUCACCUAAUUAUAUGGCUAAUACUCAAUCUUUCAAGGCUAAAGUGAGAUCACAUAGUGCUCCAAAGCAGAGGCCUGAACCUGGGCCAAAAAAGAGGCUGUCACUCAAUGAGUUGAUGGAGUCAAGAAAUAGUACAAGUGGGGUUAGAAUCCAGAGGUCUUGCUCACAAUUUCAAGAAGCUGUAAAUUUCAAGAAUGCGGUGUUGGGUAAGCUUGAUAGAUACACAGAAUUUGCAAGAGAACUAGAGCGAAAAUAAUUGCAGACGUGGUGGUGAAAGGUAGGUAUGGUGAAAGGUAGGUAUUUGUUUUUGGUGAUCUCUUGGAUGCCUGUGUGGAAAAGGGUAAGUAACAGAAAUAUAAGAAAUUUGAAAUUGUGUUGAACUAUUGUUAGAAUUUUCUCAUUGCUUGUGAUUCAAGAGUCCAGAUUGGUGUUCUAAUGAUGGAAUAUCAUCCCUUCAUCAAUGGAAAAUUCCAAUUGUAGAAUUUAUAAUAUUAUAUGAUUGAACAUAAAUUUCUGACA